GACAGCGGGCGCAGUUCAGUAUUGCAGUAGACAUGAGGGGAGAAGCUCUGUUCGCUGUUCUGCUAUGUGCUGUGGGUCUCGUCGCCUGCGGUAGGAACACGGGCAGAGGCAGAUCGCCUUCUAACUGUAGGAACAAGACGACGUCGACGUCAGCGUCGGAAUUUCCCGAGGUUCAGACGCCCUUAGGCCGGCUGCGGGGAAGCAUACUGCAGUCCCUAGAUGGCAAAUCGAUAUUUUCCUUCCGUGGAGUGCGUUACGCACAGCCGCCCGUCGGCGAACUACGCUUCAAGUCACCAGUGCCAGUUGGGCCAUGGGAUGGUGUAAAGAAUGCAACAAGGGAUGGUUCAAGGUGUCCUUCAACACAAAACACUAAUGAUACGUCAGAAGACUGUUUGUUUCUCAAUGUGUAUACAACAAAACUGCCACAUAACACUAGAAAUCCUCAGAGACCGGUGAUAGUGUUUCUUCACCCUAGUGCUUAUUACGUCUUCAGUGGUACCAGUGACUUGUAUGGUCCACAGUAUUUGAUGGAUGAGGACAUUGUUCUGGUAACAAUCAACUACAGGCUUGGAGCUUUGGGUUUUCUGAGUACUGGUGAUUCAGUUCUUCCUGGGAAUAAUGGAUUGAAGGACCAAGUAAUGGCUCUCAGAUGGGUGCAGCAGAAUAUUGCCUCAUUCGGCGGGAAUCCUGGUAGUGUCACAAUUGCCGGUGACAGUACUGGUGCUGUCAGUGCAUAUCUGCACAUGCUGUCUCCUAUGUCUAGAGGCUUGUUCCAUAAAAUAAUUGCAAUGAGUGGAGCUGAUCUAACAAACGGUGUUAGAAACCCACUGCAACAAGCAAGAGAGCAAGCAAGGCUGGUGAACUGCCCAGAUACAACAUCAGAAGAGAUAGUUAAUUGCCUGAAAGGAAAAGAUGCUUUGGAAAUUGCCAAAACAGGAGAAUACUUUUAUGACCUGACAAGGAAUUUAACCAGCUCAUUUGCUUUUGUUAUUGAGCGAGAUUCAGGAGAUGGAGGUGAAAAAUUCUUACCAGCUGACGUUGCAGAACAAUUCCUGCAAGGAAAUUUUGCCCAUGUUCCUGUAAUGACAGGAACAACCAAAGAUGAACUCGCUUACAUACCCAAGGAAUUUCUCCGCAGUAAUGUAUCACAGAAUUUGAAAGAGAAUUUUGUGUCAAUAGUUUUAAACUAUGUCCUCCAAGAGAUCAAUGCUCCAGGAUCAAAUGAAAUUGCUGCAGAGCUGACGAAAUUUUACCUCAAUGAUGAACCAAUAACAAAUGCUUCAGGGGAUGCUCUCGGUAAAUUUUAUUCUGACAUUAUUAUAAACUAUCCUGUGUAUAGUACAGUCAAAAUAAUGUCACAGCUGAACACAGCACCUGUCUAUUAUUACCACUUUACUUACCAGGGCAGAUAUAGCUGGACAUACAUACCAGGCACACAGACUCCUGAUGGUGUUUCACAUACUGAUGACCUCUUGUACUUAUUCUACACUUCAACAAUUUUCCCGGAAUUUGUUGAAGCUGAUCCAGAAUAUACAACAGUGAAAAGAAUGACGAAGAUGUGGGCAAAUUUUGUAAAAACAGGGAAUCCUACAUCAGAGAAGACAGAUCUGCUUAAUGUCGACUGGCAGGCCCUUAAGCCCCGCACCCCACGGUACUUAGAGAUAGGCUCACAGUUGGCUAUGAGGCAAGGUUUCUACCAGAAAGACCGCAUGCAGCUGCUGGAGAGGCUCUUUCCAGUGACAAACAUUUCAUCAUGGACUACGCGCAGGGCUGGAUAAGACUAUCUUCACUACGAUCAUCACAAUGAAGAUUACUGUUGAUUUAGAAAUUGCAGGAUUCUAGAAUGAAGCCAGAAAUUUACUAGAACAUAGUUCACACUUUAAUUUGAAAGAGAUGUAAUAAUUUAAUUCUGUCUGUACCUACUAAGGUACUGCAUAAUUAACACAAUGUUAACAUAAUUACAAUACUGUUCAGAAAACCUAGCUUGAAGACUAAACUGGUUGAUGCAAAUGUUUGUCUACCGCUUGAGGGGGGGGGGGGGGG